GUUUCUCCACCUCUAUCGAAACAGCGAAUAAAAAUAAAAAUCUGCAUAAUUGGCAAAUAAUUAAACUUUUCUGGGAGUGUCGCAACAAAAGAAACUUGAUGAGCAGCCGGAGGGGGAUGCUAAUGCCAUGAGAAAUGGCGGCAAUCAAUGCGCUGAACGGCCGCCGCGCGAUAUUGUUCCUGCAGAAAUGUAAUGUACAUUGCGACUAAUCCAAAGAGUCCCCCUGGGUCACAACGCAUUUAACAAACCACCCAGAAAGGUAUCAGCCAUACAUACUACCACGAGUCCCACCCAUCAUCCAAUAACUACAACCCCCUAAUCAUGGAUGAGGAUAUCCUGAAUGCAGUAGAGUCCAUGUUUGGCAAGGAUGUUAAGAUCGUGGAUUGCGAGACAUCCUCCUCGUUGCAACAAGAGGAGGUACUACUGGUCAAUGGAGUGCCGGUCAAGCUCGACGGCAUUCCGGCGGAUGAUGCGAGCGCCAUCAAAGCGGCGUUGUUGGAAGGUCAAAUGCCUUCGGUGGAUCACCUAAAUCAGUUGCUGUUCCGCGCAGGCUUAGCCCAACAGCCCAUUGAAGUGGAGACCUCGCUGACGGUUAAAUCGUCUCUCACGACUACAGAGGAGGUGCUUGUCUCGCGAAAUGGCCAGAUUCUGGACGAACGUACGGUAGAGACGAAGGAGAACUUUAACCACCAGUCGCACCAGAAAGAGAUUUGGCAUCCCGUCAAGCAGCAGUCCGCCUUGUCACGGGCAACUCCAGAGAACGCCCUAAAAUAUAGAACCACGUCGAAUUCUACGUUUGCUUCACAAGCCACGGACUCUGAUGAACGUCCGGGUGAUCCAUUAGGCCGCCAGCUGAACCAAACCUUCUCGAAUGCUUCCCUCAUGUCAAGUAGCUCGGCCAUCACUGGCUCCGACCAGGUGAUCGGCUCCGAAUCAUCUACCACUAUCGGGGACAAGAGCUCGAAUAUAAGCAGUUGUGACUCGGGUCACGAUGGCCUCUUCCACAGCGUGUCCAUGAGUGCUCCCUGGUCGCAUCCACGUGACACCCUGACCGACUCCAUGUACUGUGACAUUCCCAGCUCUGCUUCGUCGGCAGAUGCUGUUUCCAUUUUAAACACCCAUUUGCAGAUCACUGAGCCAUCCGAUUGCCAACCACCGCCAGUUUACGCCAAAGACAUGCCCAAAAACGGCACCCUGGACUCACUAGUCAGUCAGUUAAUCAAUAGCCAGAAUGAAGACAUGGAAUUUUCAAUCCUAACCUGCGCUCGCCUGUUUCUGCCUCCCCAAGAGCUACUCUCCCGCAUUAUAGACAAAUGCCAAGGAAAGGAGGAUACUCUCAUGCGUCUAAUUAAUCACUGGCUUAGCAUCUGUCCCAACGACUUUGUCAAUGAGACGCUGCUGCAAGAGCUGGAGAAGAAGCGAGACAUCAAGGAGCUAGCAACCUUGCUAGACAAAAUUCCCCAGAAGCAAGCUGAAAGCAACGAAAAGAGAAAAACCCAGCUACAGUAUCUGCUAACUAAGCAAUCAUCAGCCAGUUCCCUUGGAAGACAGAGCAGUAUUAAAUCGCUCAAAAGAUUCGCCGCCAAUGUUUACAAGUCCGAUAAUGUGCUAAAUAACUGCGGAAGUGCCUUCGAUUUGGCCCAUCAACUGUAUGCCAUCGAGUACGCCUAUCUUUCUCAAUUACGUCUUGAGGAGUUUGUGGAAGUGCUUGGAAAGGAUGAGCUGAAAACUUGCAUGGCCCAAACCAAGGCUGGAACUUUGGGUUCCAAUUGCAUUACCCAGGUGACCAUCGAUAGUUAUGUGCAGUGGUUUAAUCAAUUGAGCUACUUGACGGCCACGGAAAUUCUAAAGCUUGGCAAAAAAUCACAAAGAGCACAAAUGAUUGACUUCUGGGUGGAAACGGCCUUGGAGUGUUUUAACACGGGAAACUUUAAUAGUUUGAUGGCCAUUCUCACAGCGUUGAACCUUACAGCCAUAGCUCGUCUCAAAAAAACUUGGGCUAAAGUUCAGACGACAAAGUUUGAAGGUCUGGAACACCAAAUGGAUCCCAGCUCGAAUUUCCUCAACUAUCGAUCUACCAUGAAGGCAGCUGUCUGGCGAUCGGAAAGGGAGAUGGCCAACAAAAUCGAACGAGCCAUUAUUCCCUUUUUCUCGCUGUUUCUUAAAGAUUUACACGCCAUCAAUGAAAGCCAUAACACGAAACUGGCUAACGGCAACGUAAACUUUGAGAAGUGUAUUCUUUUGGGGGCCCAGUUGCGAAAUUUCAGCAAGUGGCAGCGAUUGGAAUGCCCCUACGUGCAGCUACCCAAUGUUGUAUCUUAUCUGCUAAAGGCAGAGGUGCUUUCGGAGGAUCUCCUGAUGAAGGCCUCCUAUGAAUGCGAACCACCAGAAAAUGGUGACGAGAAGGAUCACUACAAGACAUUGAAGGCGGCAAAGAAAUCAAACACAUAAUCAUCAAUCAUUAAUGACAAUCCUGGGGAUAGUGCAACAAAAAAAAAAACAAAACUAGCCUCGCACACCUUUGUUGGCGAUUCCAUGUUCAUAACAUGCAUUUUUAUCGCGAAAGCCGUAACAAUAAUAACUCCUUCACCGUAGUUGAGUUGGUUUAUUUGUACUUAAGCUUAGACGACGGUAUAUAUUUAUUUGCAAAUGAUUUAUAUAUACAAACGACGGGCAUUUAAUUAGAAACACCAAAAAUAUGCAUACAAUUACUAAAGUAAUCUUUUCAAUGUUGUAUUUUAGCAGUUAAUACCCGCAAAAAUAUAAGAAUUAAAGUCUUUAGUCGAA